AGUACGGGGAGGCGGUCUGGAUGGGAUUUGAACCCCGGUCCUGCCGUGUGAAGACCGGCGCCGCUGUCGCCUCGGCCACCGUACCGCCCCAAACAACAUUGAACAGCAAAUGCAGAAGAGUCCGUCCAACCACCUUGACUUAGAAUCGAACGAUUUUGACCACUUGUUCCACUCUCUCACUUUGCCUCAACCUCAUCAGCUGCACAAGGAAUUCCAAGGAAUUUAUUCGUACGAUAGCAAUCGCGCAUGCUCCUUGGAAACUCUCUACUUGAACCUUCUAAUUUCUCAAAGCACUUCACCGAGCAGCCGUCUGUUGCAUAAACUCAACGGUUGCCAUGGACAACCUCAUAACAGUUGGUGUAAAAAAGCUAGUGCAGCAAUGGUAAGAAUCACGGAACAGCUGAUACGCAAGAAAGCCGAGCACAACGAGCUCAUCAUCGGUACGCUGGAGGAACUCUCGCUGCACCAAGUCCGAUCCGAUCCGAAAGGACGAUUCCGACCAGUUCCGAAAUCGUUUUGUGAUUCCGGACUCGUUUUUGAUUCCGCGCUCCGGAUUCCCGUUCUGCUGCAAAUGUAUGUCGUGCACACUGUUCUGCGUUAUCUCCUCUCUUCUUUGUCCUUGCCAGACGGUUGCUUGGUGGUAUAAUUUACGGGUAGAAUUUUGGAAGCGGCGAAGAUUUCCUCUUAAGUGACAAAUUGUUUUACAGGAUAGUCUGGCCGUGGUAAAUUUGUUUGGGUGCAUAAACCUUUAAAUGAUUUUGAUCAUGAAAUUUUCGAUUUAAAAUUCUUAACCUGUGCCGAUCUGCUUAAAUGAGAUUUGAGCAGUUUUCUCCCAGUCUUUUACAUUUUUUUUAAGCGCCGCUUUGUUAUUGUCCUUUUUUAAAGCGUUGUUAGCACCGGACUGUUAGAACUUAGCUUUUAUUUAUCGUUGUAAUAAUGCAAUGUUUCCUGAUAUAAAUAUAAAAUUCAUAUUCAUGUUAAUAUUAAAUUUAUAUCAUCCUUUGAAUGAUGAUAUGGAAUUUGUGUCGAAGUGAAUAAAGUCUCUUAAACCUAAAAACAUUUUUUUUUGCUUCAAAUAUUGUUUUUCCGGAAUCGAGAAUCGAGCGUCAUCAAUAGGAACCGGAAACAUAUUUGAAGCCGGAGUGAAUAGAAAGCAUAUGCAUGGCAUGGACUUAAAAUCAUUUGAAGGUGUGAGUUUAUACACCCAAACAAAUAUGCCAAAUUUGAGUAAGCAGCCGCUACGAAAUGAAAAAGAAACACAGUAAGCGAAAGUAAAAAAUGAAGAGAAAACCCUCGUCGCCUCCAAAAUUCUACCCGUAAAUUAUACCACCAAGCAACCGUCUGGCAAGGACAAAGAAUAGUGGAGAUAACGCAAAACAGUGUGCACGACAUACAUUUGCAGCACAACGGGAACUCGGAGCGCGGAACAAAAACGAGUCCGGAACCAAAAUGAGUCCGGAAUCAAAACGAGUCCGGAAUCAAAACGGGUCCGGAAUCAAAACA